AUGGCUGCUCUCUACGGCGAAGGCAAGCUCCGCGAUUUCAAGAAUGCGGUCGGCGACCUCAAGGAAUUCGAGCGCCUCGAUGGCCUUCACAUCGAGGAGCUGAUGGACACCAAGAAGCACGGUGGCCUCACUUACAAUGAUUUCCUCUUGCUCCCUGGCUACAUUGGCUUCCCCGCCUCCGAGGUCGCCCUUGAUUCUCCCAUCACAAAGCGCAUCACCCUCAAGACCCCCUUUGUCUCUUCCCCCAUGGACACUGUCACCGAGCACGAGAUGGCUAUCCACAUGGCCCUCCAGGGUGGCCUCGGUGUUAUUCACCACAACUGUUCCGCCGAGGCGCAGGCCGACAUGGUCCGUAAGGUGAAGCGCUAUGAAAACGGCUUCAUUCUUGAUCCCGUCGUCAUCAAGCGCACCACCACUGUGGGCGAAGCCAUCGACCUCAAGGAGAAGUGGGGUUUCGGUGGUUUCCCUGUCACUGAGACUGGCAAUGUCGGCUCCAAGCUUCUGGGUAUUGUGACCAACCGAGACAUCCAGUUCGAGACCGAUCUCGACCAGCCUGUUGAGAACGUCAUGGUCACCGACCUUGUCACCGCCCAGUCCGGCAUUACCCUCGCUGAGGCGAACCAGAUUCUCAAGGCCUCCAAGAAGGGCAAGCUCCCUAUUGUGGACAAGGACUUCAACCUCGUCUCCAUGAUCUCGCGCUCGGAUUUGGCCAAGAACCAGGACUUUCCUCUUUCAUCCAAGGCUGCUGAUAGCAAGCAGCUCAUCUGUGCCGCUGCCAUCGGCACCCGGCCCGAGGAUAAGCUGAGGCUCCAGAAGCUCGUCGAUGCUGGCCUCGACGUUGUCAUUCUUGAUAGCUCUCAGGGCAACAGCAUGUACCAGAUUGAGAUGGUGAAGUGGGUCAAGGAAAAGUUCCCUAAGCUUGAUGUUAUCGGAGGUAAUGUCGUCACCCGUGAGCAGGCGGCUUCAUUGAUCCAGGCGGGCGUAGACGGCCUGAGAAUUGGCAUGGGUAGCGGCUCCGCUUGCAUCACCCAGGAGGUCAUGGCCGUUGGCCGUCCUCAAGCCGCGGCUGUCUACUCCGUCAGCAGCUUCGCCGCCCAGUACGGCGUCCCUUGCAUUGCCGAUGGCGGUGUUCAGAACAUCGGACACAUCGUCAAGGGUCUCUCCCUGGGCGCCACUACUGUCAUGAUGGGUGGUCUCCUUGCUGGUACUACCGAGUCCCCCGGUACCUCGUUCGUCUCCCGAGAGGGAAAGCUCGUCAAGGCCUACCGUGGCAUGGGUAGUAUCGACGCUAUGCAGGACAAGAAGGCCGGUAACGGUGGUAAGGACAGCCAGAAGAGCAACGCCGGUACCGCUAGGUACUUCUCCGAGGGUGACAGCGUCCUCGUUGCUCAGGGCGUUUCUGGCUCUGUCGCUCACAGGGGACCGAUCAGCAAGUUUGUCCCCUACCUCGCGGCGGGCCUGAAGCACUCCAUGCAGGACUGUGGUAUUCAGUCCCUGCAGGCGCUCCACGACGGCGUCGCCGCUGGCACGGUCCGCUUCGAGCUUCGAACCUCGAGCGCGCAGGCUGAGGGUAACGUCAACAUGGAGUCCUACGAGAAGAAGCUUUUGCCUAAGCAAAUGUCUUUGCGGGGCUUCUUGAACGGCCGGGACGACAGUGAUGUGGGUAGGGUUUAG